CCACAUCUGACCAUGCUGCUUCGCAGCGCACUCCGACAACCACCAGGAGAGAGUGAUGCUGUGCGGGUGAAAAACCCAACUCACGUUUGUGAGGGCCGCACAGCCACUCCAUAUCUCCCCCCUCUCCCCCCACCACCCCCCCAGAGAUCCCUUGCUCAGCCUGCGAACUAGUCUUCCGAGACGUGCAAUGCAUCAGCCAGUGAGAAGCGAUGGCCGCACUCGGUGCAAAGGAGCCAGGAGGUCUCUUCCAUCUCUGUGGAGAUCCACCCGCCCCUGAGGCCAGCCGUGUUGAUGAGGCACUUCCUCGACGAGCAGUUCGGGCACUUGUAGUUGGUCGUGUUCCCCUCGUGCAUCCUCGACGUCGCCCACCUGCACAAAUCAGAACGCAUUGCAAACAAUCAUGAAGACACGCAUCCAUCCUUCCUGCGCGUUCCACGACUGACUUACUCUUCGAGUCGUUUCAGCUCCUUCUGGUUGGCUUCCUCUCUCUUCUGCUUGAGCUCGUCCCUUGCCAUGUCCUUGGCGUCCAUCUUGGCCAGCUGGCUGGGCGGCAACCGCCCCUCAUGCAGCUCGAUCGUCAGCUUCGGAUUGUCCUUGAGGUUCGAGCACAGAGAGCGGCAGAAGCGCUUGUAGGCCUCCGUGACGCCACCAUGCUCCGAUAAGAUUGCCGUCUCGACAUUCUGAGCCAAGGCGUGGAGAGACGCUCUGAAGGCAGACACAAGCAUCGCACCCAGUGCUCGUGUGUGUCGGUCACCUUUUUGUGCCUUUCUUUCGGCAUGCUCACUUGUGUGCGUCGACCACGCCGUCCUCGCUGCCUGCCUUCGGUUUCAGCAGGUGCUUCUGCAUGGUCUCUGCCACCUUGGCCACCACCUUCUGCCUCAUGGCCAGCUCGGCUGCCGUCUGCUUGCCGAUGGAUGCCACGCCGCCGCUGGCAGCUGGGGCCGUGGCAGGCAGCGCAUAGCUCUUGUCAGCAACAGCCUUCCACCUGGCCACCAGGGCCUUGGCGAGACUCACCACCUGAAGGGAAACAUUGACAUGGCUGUGGUUGUCUGUUCUUCGUUGCUGUUGACGUACGUACCUCUUUGUCUGUGUGUCUCUUGGCUAGGUCGUUGACGGUCCUGCCUAUGAGGCUCUCCUUGAGGAAGAAUAGGGUGAUGUCAAGAACGGAGAGACGGCGAAGGGCGUUGAGAAUGAGGCUGCUGUCGGUGCCUGACGAGUCUUCCAGCUGAGACCGCAGCUCCUUCAGACACCGCAAUCGCACCUAAGAGAGAAAGAAACAAAUCGAUCAUGGGACAUCACGGCCUUUCUCUUGUUGACAGUUUCGCUCACGUCGACGGUCUGUGUGGCCCCUAGCCGCUCAACCAUGUCGCCGAGCGACAGGCUCUGGCCGCUGAGCCACCUCUGCAUGCCCUCAGACGCACCCUUGACGCCCCGAACGCCCUUGGCCUCCUUGUCUGAAACACAGCAGCAUAAUAAAUGCAGUGGUUAGGCAACUCUCCGCGGACUCCCGUCUGUCUCACCUGCGUCGAGAGGCACCAGUGGAGUGCCUCUCCGCUGCAUUUUCGAAGGGACCUUGAUCUCGCCACUGUGCGUCUUUUUCAGCCCCUUCACCCUCACAGACAAGGCGUGUUUCGCCAGCAGGCGAUCAGAUGUUGCCAAGCCCUCCUCCUCGUCACUGGGCUCGUCUGACUCGCCGUCGAUGGAGGGAAUCUUGGGCAACCGACCGGACGAUGAGGAGCCACUUCCUGACCGACUCGAUCGGGGAAUGGACGAGAGGGCGUUUCUCAGCAUGAGGGCGUAUCGAUAGGGCAGCUCCGUCUUCUGCUGCCUCAGCUCUUCACAUGUGCUGAGGUAGGUCUGGAGGUCGCUCUCGAGGGCCUGCUGUGCGUCACCGUCGAGAUGCCGCGCGUGAGCGGCCGCCUCGCCGGCCUUGAGCUGCCUGAGUGUAGGUAGGGUGAGGAAGGAAGAAUAGGCAGACAAAACGCAAAGAAUGAGAUGCUGCAUUCAAUUCAGCAGGCUCGUGUUGUGCAUUCCUGACCCCAGGUUGGGUAGGGCUUCGAAGAGGCGUGAGAUGACGCAUUCCAGGCGAAGGUCCAGCUUGCCCUCAGCCCACAGCCGAUCCGCACGCCACGUCGUCUCAUCCCAAAACUGCACGACGUCACACAGCAACGGAGAGGCAUCAUGGAGGACACGUGGCGGAGUGAGGUGGUGCGUACUUACCUCUUGGAACGCCUCUCGUAUCCCCUCCGCAGUGUUGACGAAGUCGACCACCUCUGUAGGUUUGGGGGUCAGUUUUGGGUGCAGACGAUUGAGGCGCGACAGCACCUGCACCGCUCGUGCGCCGUUGAGCGGUUUGUCCACGUACAUGACGCACAGACGCGGUUCGUUAUAACCUGAUGCAGAAAGGGAGAGAGAGCGGGACAAUGCGCAUGAGAAUCACCGAUUCCCUCUCGUGCGUCCGCGGAUCCGAUCCAGGUACGUGCCUGUCUCGAGUUUGUUGCAUACGACAAGCAGGUCGGCCCUGUGGAGUGCCAAGCCUCCGUUGAUGGACGCUUCGGUCCACCUCUUGCACACCAGCCUCGCACUGCCAUCCUCAGCCGCUGAUGGGGUCGUGAGGUUCACCUCCCCCGAGAAUGCCCCAUAGACCGUCAAGUUGCUCACCACCAGUGUCGACGCAUCCUCUGCCAUGGCCUCACGGGCAUCUGAACAGGACAGGCAGAAAGUGACAAGUGGCGUUCUUGCCGAUCGCCAUCUGCAUCGCCUUGCCUUGCCUUACCCUGUAUCCUUUGUUGCAGUACGCGAGUGACGAGGGCCACGUGCUCUCGCGAUCGGCAGACAACCAUGCCCUUGAUCAUAGGCUCAGCUCUCGGAGCCAAGCUGCCCCACGAUGAAGUGUCCACUGAGCUGGCUGUGGGCUCAUCUGUCACCGAAUGGCGCUCGCGAAACCGCACGAAAUGCCUGACGAACAGAAAGAAUGACCCGAUUGAGAGCGUGUGGCGGUGCAGGUGCUCUCACUUGAGUACGAAGUCGGCUUUGUAGACACACACGUCGUGGUGCUUGACGGCCGCCUUCAUGACAUCACUCCAUGGGGUGCUGGCUGGCGACGGGGCAGGCGCCUUGUCCUCUGGUGUCUUCUUCUCCACAUCGAUGACAGGUCUGGCUGUGGUGUACUCCUUGAGCACAUUGACGAUCACCCCAUCGUGCACCGCCUGCACACAGGUACGCAGGCAUCACCACACGUCAGAGGUGGUUUCUGUAAUGUCUGUUUUGCGCUGACCCGUGCCAUGGAGUAGCUGUGAACGGGCCCAUAGGUCGUCUGGCUGGUCGACCUGCUGAUCACGCCAAAGAGCUUGAGAGCGUCAGGCGAUGGUGUGGCUGUGAAGCCAAAAUACGUCACGCCCAGGGGCUGGUGCUCCCUGCCGCCCAAGAGCUCAUGCAGCUUCACACUGGUUGCCUUGCCGUGGGACCUAAUGACGGAACACAAGGCCAGCCAGACACGUCAUAUAGGGUGUGAACAUUUCAUCACCUUUUUGUCACCUGUGUGCUUCGUCGGCGAUGAGGGCGACCCGGCCUCGGCUGAGCAGCCGCUUGAGGCCACUGCGGGGCAUGUUCUUGAUGCACGGAAACUUCUGCAGUGUCGAGAACACAACCAACUGCUUGGUCUUCGCACCGGGACCAUCUGCCGAGGGUUGGUCGGGGCCGUCAGUGAGCUCCGCUGCGACGUCCGAGUGGGUGGGCGAGGCGGCUGGCGACGGUGUGACGGCGGCGUCACACGCAGACGAUAGAACAAGUGGCGACGGGUCGACCUCCAUCGACGAAGGCGCGGCAGCUGCAACAUUCGACGAGUCAUCCUUUGCGUUGGCGGCCUCCUCUGUCUUCCUGGCCUUUGCCUUGCUCCAGAAGCUCUCCAGCGAGGGCUGCAUCAGCUUGGCCGCUUUCCUCUUGCCGCCCACUUGAGGCUGCUGGGGGCUCGUCGAUGAUCCUACAGAGGCGGGUGGUUCCACUGACGGAGCGGGGCUGCACGUUGGUGCGGUGUUGGUGGAUGAGAGCAGCUGCUGGAGCUCCUCGGACGUCCUUGCCCUCCUGAUCUGGCGGCUGGGGAGGCCAUUGCUGGUGAGGUACCGAUGGACAACACGAUAUAGCUGGUCGUCCAGCUGCAACCUGCAAAACACAAAGACGUGAAAGCGUCCCCACCCUGAAUGAACGCCCACGGCUGGUCUGUCUGUCUGCAUGGAACGCACCUGUCAUUGAGGAUGAGUAUGAGUGCGAAGUGCUGCCCGGCAUCAUCCCGCAGGUGGAUCAGGGCGUGCACCAGUGCCGCUAUGGUGAGGCUCUUGCCGCUGCCGGUGCAGUGCUGGAGGAGGUAGUUGGUGGGCGCUGUCAGACAAGCAUCAUGUCGAACCAGGCCACAAACCUGCUGGACUGCUUCCACCUGAAACAAACAGAACGUCAAGCAAUGCAAGUGCAAAGCGAUGGCUGCCUGUGGUGCGCUACCUGAUGUGCAUUUGGUUUCAGCCCAGCUCCCUUCGGGAAGGCCUCAGACAAGUCCACAGGCUCUGAGUCAUCUGGCUGUUUUUGAACUGAUUUCUGUUCUUUUCGCUUCAGACCCUCCUCGAGGCUCGUCAUCAGCGCCGGAAGAUUCGUGAAGACACUUGUUCAAACUGGUGGUAGU